AUGGCUCUAAAGUUAAAUAUUUCAAUGUUGAAAACUUUUAAAAUAGAGAGAUUAUUUCACAAGAAGUUGAAAUGUAGGUUUUCAUCGUUAAGUCUGUACGAAAACAUUCCUAAUAACUGCCAACGUUCAUUCCAUUUAGUUUCAUUUCCUGUUAAACAUUUUAAUUAUCAUUCCAUGAAACAUGUUCGUUUUCUAUUUAUUUCACCUGCCACGUACGGUAAAGUUGUGCCAUUUAAGUUAUCUGACAUAGGAGAAGGAAUGUUGAAGUAUGUUAAACCAGGAGACAAAAUUGCUCAAUUUGAUAAUAUUUGUGAAGUGCAAUCAGACAAAGCUUCUGUUACCAUAACAAGUAGAUAUGAUGGAGUUGUAAAAAAAUUGCAUUGCGAAAUUGAUCAAAUGGCAAAAGUAGGAUCUCCAUUAAUUGACAUUGAAGUUGAAGAAGUGGAAGAUUCAGAUUCUGAUUCAGAUUCAGACAAUGAAGCAGAAGUUGAAAGUAAAAGUAGUAGUAGUAGCAAUAGUGAAAGUAGUGCUAGUGAAAAAUUGGAAGAAGUUCCUGUACCUAAAGCAUUGGCAACACCAGCUGUUCGCAGAAUAGCUAAAGAAAACAAUAUAAAUAUUCAAGAAGUUCGUGGUACUGGCAAAGGUGGAAGAGUGCUCAAAGAAGAUAUAAUACUAUUCAUGGAGGGAAAUACGGAAGUUAGACAGAGUGGUCAAACUGUAAUGCCAAGGGGUGAGGAAGCACCACCUCCUCUUCCUCCAGUUUCCAAGCCAUAUCAAUUCAGUGGAAUUUUAGCCAAAGAUAUAAAAGAACCAAUUACUGGAUUUAAGAAAGCAAUGGUGAAAUCAAUGGCUAACGCUUGGGCAAUACCUCACUUUUCUUACUGUGAUGAAGUUGGAAUAACAGAAUUAAUGGAAAUGAAAGAUGAUAUGAAAAGAAUUAGUCAAAAUACUGGUGUAAAAUUGACUUUCAUGCCAUUUUUUAUUAAAGCAGCCUCAUUAGCUUUAAUGAAAUACCCUCAAUUAAAUUCACAUGUCGGUGAUAAUUGUGAAUUUCUAACAAUAAAAGCUUCACAUAAUAUUGGUGUAGCAAUGGAUACCCAUAAUGGAUUAAUUGUUCCAAAUAUAAAAAACGUUCAGCAGUUAAGUGUCCUUGAAAUAGCAAGUGAAUUAAAUCGUUUGCAAAACCUAGGAAACAGGGGACAAUUGGGAUUAAACGAUUUAAGUGAUGGAACAUUUACAUUAUCCAACAUUGGUUCUAUCGGAGGAACAUACACAAAACCAAUAAUUUUCUCUCCUCAAGUUAUAAUAGGAGCAUUAGGCAAAAUUCAAGUUUUACCAAGAUUUGAUAAAAAUAAAAAUGUGAUUGAAGCUCAUAUUUUUAAUGUAAGUUGGUCGGCAGAUCACAGAGUCGUUGAUGGAGCAACGGUGGCAAGGUUUUCAAACCUUUGGAAAGCAUAUUUGACUUCUCCAAAACUUCUUUUGGAAUUGUAA